GAGGGAAGCUAUGACCUCAACUCUAAUGACCCAGAUCCUAUGCCCCACCCUGAUGAGGAGAACGGUAACCACCAUGGGACCCGGUGUGCAGGAGAAAUUGCAGCUGUGCCCAACAACAGCUUCUGUGCAGUAGGUGUGGCCUAUGGGAGCCGAAUAGCAGGUAACUCAUGCUUCCCAGGGAAGCUCCUGGGAUACAGUGAUUAUUUUCUGCCUUCCCCAUUCUUUUUCAUACCCUCAGUGUCUGUAGCCUAAAGGAAGGAGUAAGAGCAGCAAGUUAAUUAACUCAUUGAUUUUUCAGGGCUGUGGUAUUUCAAAUGAGUUGUUAGCAGCAGUAUUUAUUGUACCAUAUAAAACAGGUAAAUGUGCAAAUGCUCAUAUUUUGGGCUGUAGGUCCCAAGCUGCACCUGCUCAAGUCUUUUUCCUGUUUCUUUCUUUCUUUUUUUAAGAUUUAUUUACUAUAUAUAAGUACACUGUUGGUGUCUUCAGACACGCCAGAAGAGGGCAUCAGAUCUCAUUACAGAUGGUGGUGAGCCACCAUGUGGUUGCUGGGAUUUGAACUCAGGACCACUGGAAGAGCAGUCAGUGCUCUUAACCGCUGAGCCAUCUCUCCAGCCCUUCUCUUUCCUGUUUCUGAUCACAUUUGUGCUCACCACUGAUCCACAUCACUGUGCUCUGCUCUUGUUUCCAUAUUUUAUCAAGUGUGCCUCCCACAACUCCACAUCUAUGGAGGCUGCUCUCUCAGUCCCAACUCUUCAGUCCCCUGCUCUCCACUCUCCAAAGAGAGCCUAGCUGUAUGGCUCUCAAGAAAGGUAGUUCCACGGUUCUUCAUCUCAAUCUUGUUGGUCAAGGGGAAAGGAUGUACAUUCCUGAAUCCUGACAGAUGGCCUGGGAACCUAAAGCCUCAACAGGCUGGCUGUGUUUCCAGCAGGGGGCCUCAGCACUCUGCAAAUCCCUGUUUGUUCUUAAUUUACCGUCACAAUGUGACCCACUCCAUUUUAGGGAAAGAACUUGAGCAUCACUGGGGGUAGCAAAGGUAAUGAAUACUAUUCACUUAAUUCCUUUAUUCUGUCAAUUACUAAGCUAGUGUUUCACAUGAAAUGCCAAGCUAAAAGGGGAAAUCUUAGAUCAUCUAUAUUCUAACCCAGUGUUUCCCACCUCUCAGGAUCAUUAGAUCUGUGUUCAAGCAUAAUAAUAGACACUUGAAAGCUAGGCAUGGUAGUACAUGCCUGCCUGUCCAUAAUCCCAGGAUUUGGGAAGUAGGGGGGGAGGAUCAGGAAUUCAAGAUCAUCUUUUGCUUUGUAGUAAGUUUAAGACAAGCCUAUGCCAGCUAAGACAUACAAAAAAACAAAAAAAGGCAGGCCAUAAUGGCACACGCUUUUAAUCCCAGCACUCAGGAAGCAGAAGCAGGCAGAUCUCUUGAGUUUCAGGCCAGCCUGGUCUAUAAAGUGAGUUCUAGGAGAACCAGGACUACACAGAGAAACUGUGUCCUAAAAAAACAAACAAACAAACAAACAACAAAAAAAAAAAAACCCACAUUUUUUUGAACUAGUAACACUUAUAUAUGGUAUAAAAAUUCAAAGUGCAAGGAGGGGUCUGGUGUGUAGUUCCAUAAAGUGCUUACCAUGCAAGCCUGAGGACCUGAGUUCAAUCCCUGGCACCCAUGCAGAAAGCUAGAAAUGAUUAGGUUUUCUUGUACAGGGAACACAGUGGUAGAUGAAUCCAUGGGGCUCACUGGCCAGCCAGCCUAACUUAGUUGGGUCCCUGGGUCCCAGUGAGAGGCCCUAUGUCAAAGGCAAGGGUUCUGAAGAAUACUAUCCAAGAUAGAAGACCUUUUGCUGCCACCACACAUGCAUAUGCACACUGAUGCGUUUACACCCCCACAUACGUAGCUAUGAAACAUACACACUCAAAGGUGCGAAAGAACAUACAGCUAUUCCACAAUUACCACUGUACCACCUGGCACCCUACUUGGGGAAUGGGGACUAUUUCUAGUUUCUUAUGGGACCAGUAUCAGUGAGGAUCUGGUAUAACUUCAAUACCUAGGUAUCCGGGUGCUGGAUGGACCACUCACAGACAGUAUGGAAGCUGUGGCAUUCAACAAACACUAUCAGAUCAAUGACAUCUACAGCUGCAGGCUGCCUUACAACAUGGAGUGAUGGCUGGUCGCCAAGGCUUUGGAAGUAUCUUUGUGGUUGCCAGUGGUAAUGGUGGCCAGCACAAUGACAACUGCAACUAUGAUGGCUAUGCCAACUCCAUCUACACUGUCACCAUAGGAGCUGUGGAUGAGGAGGGACGGAUGCCUUUUUAUGCAGAGGAGUGUGCCUCCAUGCUGGCAGUCACCUUCAGUGGAGGAGACAAGAUGCUGCGGAGCAUUGUGACUACUGACUGGGACCUUCAGAAGGGCACUGGCUGCACUGAAGGCCACACAGGAACCUCAGCUGCAGCCCCUCUAGCAGCUGGCAUGAUAGCUCUCAUGCUGCAGGUGCGGCCCUGCCUCACGUGGCGGGAUGUCCAGCACAUCAUUGUCUUCACAGCCACUCAGUAUGAAGAUCAUCGUGCAGACUGGCUCACUAAUGAGGCUGGAUUCAGCCACAGCCAUCAGCAUGGUUUCGGCCUGCUCAACGCCUGGAGACUUGUCAAUGCAGCCAAGAUCUGGACGUCUGUCCCUUACUUAGCUUCCUAUGUCAGCCCCAUGCUGAAAGAAAAUAAGGCUGUUCCACGGUCCCCCCACUCUCUGGAGGUCCUAUGGAAUGUCAGCAGGACGGACCUGGAGAUGUCGGGGCUGAAGACCCUGGAACAUGUGGCGGUGACAGUCUCCAUCACUCACCCACGACGUGGCAGCUUAGAACUGAAACUGUUUUGUCCCAGUGGCAUGAUGUCUUUGAUCGGCGCGCCCCGCAGCAUGGACUCGGACCCUAACGGCUUCAAUGACUGGACAUUUUCCACUGUGCGGUGCUGGGGGGAAAGAGCAAGAGGAGUCUACAGACUGGUUAUCAGGGAUGUAGGAGAUGAGCCGCUCCAGGUGGGCAUCCUCCAGCAGUGGCAGCUGACGCUGUAUGGCUCCACGUGGAGUCCAGUAGACAUCAAGGACAGACAAAGUCUCUUAGAAAGUGCUAUGAGUGGAAAAUACCUGCAUGAUGACUUCACUCUGCCUUGCCCACCUGGACUGAAAAUUCCUGAGGAGGAUGGUUACAGCAUUACCCCUAACACACUCAAGACCCUUGUGCUGGUUGGCUGCUUCAGUGUCUUCUGGACCAUUUACUACAUGCUAGAAGUGUGCCUGAGCCAGAGGAGCAAGGCUUCCACCCAUGGCUGCAGGAGAGGAUGCUGCCCCUGGCCCCCACAAAGCCAAAACUCCAAGGAAGUGGGGACAGCACUAGAAUCAAUGCCACUGUGCAGCAGCAAGGACCUGGAUGGAGUGGAUUCAGAGCACGGGGACUGCACAACUGCCUCUAGCUUGCUGGCCCCAGAGCUGCUGGGGGAAGCUGACUGGAGUCUGUCCCAGAACAGUAAGAGUGACCUGGAUUGUCCUCCCCACCAACCCCCAGACCUGAAGGAUGGACAGAUCUGCUGACCCCAGAGCCCAGCUUCUUCCAUGUACAACAGGCUCUUCCUAAACUUGGUUAUGAGGCUUUCAAUCAUGGAUGCUCAGGAGAGAAUGGUCCUGAUAGUGACAUCUGCCACCCAAGGCCUCUGAAGCAUUCUCAGCCUUCUCAAGAGGGUGAGGGCCAUCUUAAUUAAGCGCAGUGGUAAGGGACUGGUGUUCAUGGCUCCUCUAGCUGAGCUUUGCUGAGAGCCUUUCGACAAGGGGUUGGCGCCCAGGCCAGGCAGCCCUUGAUUUCAUCUCUCUCGGGCUAGUCACUGUCCUCGGCCAUCAGGACCUCCACCCCUUCACAAGUUAUGCAGCAGGUGCCUGUAUACCUAGGAACACUCUCAACAGAAGUGCCGCUGUACCGAGGGCCCAGAGAGAGGCUGGCAAGAGCCUAGACAUGCCUACCCUGAAAGCAGCUGCCUUCAUUACCCUUUCCUGUGUGCCUGUUCUGAAGCCCGUACCUUCACUACCACUCACCCUUCCUGCUGAAGGAAUGGUGGCGUGUCCCAGGAAAACUGGGAGGCACAGGAUUCCCAGCCAGCACCCUUGCUGCCUCACUGGGGAAGUUGUCCUGCUGGGCUGCAGAGAGCUGAGACACAGUGUUGUCUAAGAUAGCAUGGGAGCCCCUGCCUAUGACCACCUGUCUUCCUCUGCAAAGUGCUCAGGGAAAUGGCCUUCAUUCCAGAGGCCAGCUGUCCGCCUGACUUUUCCUCCAUUCUUGGCCUUCUCCCCUUCCCAUCUUUGGAGCUAAUUGUUAAUAUGAAUUUUUUAAUGCUUAAGAUUUGAUUUUUACUUUUCAAAGCAACAUUUUGUUGAAUUUUUUUCUGCACAGCUUUCCAAAAUAAAAAGCAGAAGUAAAAAAAUCCAAACAA